AAUAGCUAGCUAGUAAGCUAAAAACAAGCUUCUUGUUGUUAGGCUUCAAGCGGGUUAAAAUGUCUAAAACACAUUCACAGCCCCCGUCAUCUUCGGCAGCGACGACUACCGGGGGUCCCUCCUCGUCCUCUUCGUCUUCGCCCGCUGGGGGGUCGACAUCUCCCGCAACCGUGUUGAACGUACAGCCCGAGAAACCUCAACAUUACACAUAUCUGAAGGAGUUUAGAACUGAGCAGUGUCCACUGUUCGUACAGCAUAAAUGUACACAACACAGGCCUUUUUCCUGUUUCCAUUGGCACUUCCUGAACCAGCGGCGCCGCAGACCCAUCCGCAGACGGGACGGAACCUUCAACUACAGCCCAGAUGUUUACUGUACCAAAUACGAUGAGGGAACAGGCACCUGCCCUGAUGGAGAUGAAUGUCCAUUUUUACAUCGAACAGCAGGGGACACAGAGCGCAGAUACCACCUCCGCUAUUAUAAAACUGGAUCGUGUAUCCAUGAAACAGAUGCAAAAGGCCACUGCAGCAAGAAUGGCUCCCACUGUGCCUUUGCUCACGGAUCACAUGACCUUCGCAGUCCCGUUUAUGAUAUCAGAGAAGUGCAGGUAAUGGAGUCUCAAGGAGGCUCGGGGGCCACGGAGGGAGGUGGAGGAGAUGGACAGUCAGGACAGGCAGCGAGUACAGCCCUGAUAGAGAAGAUCCUGAGCGAGGAGCCACGCUGGCAAGAUAACAACUAUGUGCUGUCCCACUACAAGACAGAGCUCUGUAAGAAACCUCCUCGCUUGUGCCGCCAAGGUUAUGCCUGUCCAUAUUACCAUAACAGCAAAGACAGAAGGCGCAGCCCACACAAGCACAAAUACAGAGCGCUGCCAUGUCCGUCAGUGAAACAGAGCGAAGAAUGGGGAGAUCCCAGUAAAUGUGAGGGAGCAGAGGGCUGCCAGUAUUGCCACACAAGGACAGAACAACAGUUCCAUCCGGAGAUCUAUAAAUCCACCAAGUGUAAUGAUAUGCAGCAGUGUGGCAGCUGUCCAAGAGGGCCCUUCUGUGCCUUUGCUCAUGUUGAAAAGCCCUUUGUUCCUGAGGAGCCAUCCUUUCCUAACCCCAGCUCACCCCCACCCUCCAGACCUCCGGACCCUCUCCCUAUCCAGGAGGUUUCUUCAAGUCCCAGUGGUCACAGCAUGGGGCCAGGGGCUUGUUCUCUCUCAGACCCCUUCUCCCCUUCUGCAGGCUCACGUGUAGCCGAGCAGGGUUUGCUGGGUAGUGUUUUGUCUCUGUGUGAGGAUGUGAGUGGAGGACCAGAGCCUCUGUCUCCGUGGGCAGGAGAGGGAGGCUACGGCAGGGCACCUGGAUUUGAACGGGAAGAUCAGGCCAAGCAAAGGAGUUUUGCUCUUGAGCAGCGCAGCAGAGAAUUAGCAUCAACACAAAGCAAACAGGACUUGUUGGUGUUUCUGCCAGUUGGCAGCCCACUAAGCCUGUCCUCCAGCAUCCCCUCCAGUCUGGCAGCCACACCGCCCAGCCCCGCCCCUCUCGGACCACAUGGAUCCAGCAUCUCCUCAGGCAUGAAUGCUAACGCCCUGCCCUUCUACCCCACCAGUGAGACUGUGGAAUCAGUUGUUGAGUCAGCCCUGGAUGAUCUUGACCUGAAUGACUUUGGUGUGUCGGCGUUGGAGAGAAGCUUAGAGAGCAGCUCUGCUCGGCCCAGUGUGGGAGUUAUGCUCGGUGGUAGCCAGCUUCAGAGCUCUGCUCCAGUCAACAUCCCAGGAUCUUUUAGUAGCUCUGCUCCUUUUAGCUCCCCUUCACCAUCUCCCCCAGUCAGACCACACGCUUCACCAUUCUUCUCUACUCAUCUGUCACAACCAGGCCAAUCAGAAAGCACCUUCCUGGGACCAUCUCAUAGCUCUUUAGGUCUGAAUGGGAUGAGCACAAAUAUCUGGGAGCACUUCCCAUCAGGCCAGGGUUCCCCUGGUACUCCCCCCACCCUGCUGCCCUCUGGCCCCUGUGCAGAGACUUCCAGGCUCAAACAGGAGCUGGAAGAAGCUCACAGGACAUUGAAGCAGUGGGGUCACAGCUGGAGACACACAGCUCAGUCGUGGGCUGCUCUUAAAGCAGAUGCAGAGGAGUCUCGAGCCCAUGCAGCACGGUUAGCCAUGGAAGCAGAGAGAGCCAGGCAGGCUGAGGAGGAGGCACAGAGGCAGGCUUCUCUCCUGCAGGAGGCGCUGGAGAGCUUACGUAGUGGAGACAAUCCCCAUCUGACACUGCACCAACUCCAGCUACUACAUCGACUACCACUGGAAUCAGUCCUCAGUCUACAGGCCCAGCUUUGUACCUGCCUACAUGCUGUGGAACAGGUGGUGUACAGGAAACAGAGACAGUGCUGCGUGACGUGUGGAGAGCAGGGCUCGGUGUCGCUGCCCUGCGGUCACGGACUACAGUGUGAGAACUGCUCCACCUCCACAGAGUGUCCGCUCUGCCCCGAACAGACCCUGGAGCAGCAGCUCUCUUGACCUCGGUCGGACCAGCACAGAUUCCAGACCAGUCAGUCCUGAUUCCACAGAAACCAGCCUCGGGAUGCCGACCGCCAUUUCAAAAAAAUACGUAGAGGUCACUUUGUAAUACAGUAACAACAAAAGCACUGACCUGGUUGUGUACUUUUAAGAUGACGUUUACUCAUAAAUGACCAGCUUAGCGAGCGAUACUCACUAAGUAAAAGCUCCAAAUGUGGAAUUUAGAAAUUUAAUAAUGUUUCCAGUGUUACACAAGAAACGCGAUACAUUUUUCUAGUUAUUGCUUUUGACCAGCAACACUGUUCUCUACCCCUGCUCUUGAGUUGUGAAAAUAACUUAAAGACCUGCUGUUAUUUCUUCUCUCACCCUAAUUACGCAACAUUCACAUACAUAGUUCUUAAUUUUCUCACUUUAAAGAAAACACAUUUCUAGAGUGUUAUCGAUUCAUCUGGGUGGUUUCAGGGUGACGUGCUGAGGAUUAAAGGUGUCCACUGGUAUUUAAUAUGGCAAACGUUGGUGGCAUUGGGGUUCUUGGGAGUCAAAACAUUUAAUUUAAAAGUCAGACAGUUAAGGCUUUUUCUGUAAAGCAAGAAAACGACUUGAGGUGUGUGUCAGCAAAGAUCCCUGAAGCAUCUAGGUGGAUGGAUAACAUGGCAGGUUAGCAGUUUUUAAAAUGUAUUCUUGAGGGUGUUGAGACAUCUUGACAAAACCUACAGGUCUGACUGAAAACACUCAAAGAGCAAAUGGGGUCUGAUCCAGACGAUGAUCCUUUACUGCUCCAGCCGAAAGAAGGCCGUCACAUCAGUCUGCUGGUAGCACUCACUAGAUUAUAUUGAACUUGUUCAUUCAUAUGGAUUUUUUUUUUUUUUAAUUCUAAUAGUUUUAGCAAAGGAAAUUCAAAAUGGACAAUUACUGUUCAUUAGUGACAGAAAUAUUUAAAAAAUUAGUAAUAUUUGUUCAAAUUAACAACAGAUGGCCUCUGUUGAAAGCACUCAGGUUUUCUCUAAUAUUCUUCUACGUAAACUGGAAGAGGACAGCAUGUCAACACAAUCGAGGCAAACGUCAACUUGUGUAGUCUUUGAAAUUGCAUAUUUUUAAUUUUUACUUAAAGGCUUUUCAUGUUAACUCAAACAUACAUAUUUUUUGUUUAAACCGGCUCUUUUGCUGCGUUUAAAAUCAACGUGAGAGACGUUUCUCUGCCAAAAUUUUUACAUUUAUAGUAAGCUUUGACAUUUCGGUGUGUCAGAUGUAGUCUAAUAUAUACACACACACACACACAUAGUUAAGUGAUGUCAUACUUAUCUCUUGCACUGAUUAGACAAAGCAUCAGGAAGCAUUUGGACAUGUAAAGAGCUGUGUGAGGUUUAAAUGCAGGUGUGAAAGUGUUCAUGAUCACUGUGAUGGUGUUUGUUAAACCCAUGCUCAGCAUACUGUCCACACAACUCAUGCAACACCAGUGUUUCCUUCUGAGUGGAUUUUUUUUUCUUUGUUUUUGGUACAGAUCAUUAAAACAAAUUGUAUAUUUUUGGAGGAA